UACAAAUUUUCAGCAAAUUUACAAUAAAUCUAUUAUUGUCUUUCCAAUCAAGUUUUAAAAUUUAAUAUUUUGAGUUAGUCCGGGCGAGUCUGGUUGUGUUGAAUCCAGCAAUAUUAUUCGAAACAUGGACGAAUCGGAACUGCUCUUUAAUCUGUUCUACUUUUUGCUAUGCAUGGUCAUAAUUUAUCCACCGGAGGAAUUUCAGCGGCUUGGCUUCACCAUCGAGCAGUUGUUCUCGCGGUUUCUUGGGCAAGAAUCGAUGGACUUCGUAGGAUAUCAUCUGCGACGCACUUCGCUCAAUCUCUUUGUGCACUCGUGCCUGCCGUUUGCAUACUUUCUAAUCCAUAGGCUGAAGUUCUCCGUUUUUGCCACGCAAGAGCCGCUCGAACACUCUGAGCUUGACCCAGAUUUUCCAAUGCCCCAGGAAGCAGUGGCGUUCAAGACGCUCACGUGGAAGACGGCACAGCGUUUUAGCGUUCUUGCCGUGCUAGCAGUUCCCUCCCUGAUAUUUAACUGGCACCAGCAGAAUUGGCGGCGGCAUCCAAUAAACAAAGCCCUCUCCAAAUACUCAAACACGCCGAGUACCUAUAGUGCCGUCGCCAGCGACAUUAGCACCGAGUUCCGUCGUCCGGAAAUUUAUAAAAAGAAACUUAACUCCAUCAGCACUGUGAUAGCAACGGAGAACUGGAUAAUCAAGACAACCAUGUACAAUGUUCACUUUGCGCACCAAACCAAUACGGCUCUCAGUGUGGCAAAGGCGGAGACCUACAAUAUAACACAUCAGGAUCAGAAUGACACUCUGCAGAUGAUCAGCAUCAUAGUGCGGCCCAUGCGGCAAGGCGUGGCCGAUUUUCACAUCCGAAUCAAUGCAUUGGAAUUCAGAAAUUUGGAGGAUCGACUGAGGCGACCCAUUGCCAUACCUUCCAACAUACAGUUCCAUCGCAACGUGAUCGACCGCUUUGUAGAUGUGUUUAAGGCCCAAGUCGCCCUCAAUCCCGUCUUCCCAGCGGAGCCCUCAACGGAAAAAUGCUUCGCAUGCAUGCUGAUCGAUCCAAACAUUAAAAUCAACAAGCAAUGCGCCGAUGUGGACCGCAAUGGCGCUCCCCUGACGAACGAGGCCUCCUGCUCCAACUGCUACUGUCGCCCAAUGUGGUGUGUGGAGUGCCUAGCCCGGUGGUUUGCCGCCCGCCAAACGGACGUCGAUCGUGCCAUUUGGCUGGAACAGAAGUGCACGUGUCCGAUGUGCCGAGCGAAGUUCUGCGUGCUCGAUGUGAGCUACAUCAGAGCGCCCGAAGAGCGGGGCGAUGUCGAUAAUGAUGGUGUCCCUAGCUCAUGAUUUUUCAACUUGGCGACUGUGUUAAAGCAACGAUUAAACGACUCAUUAGACCCAACCUUGUGCUUUAUUGGCUAGACUCAAAUGUACUGCUUCUGACUAACUGUAAGACGUACAAUACAAUACAAUUAUAUAGCUAUAAACUUAAA